AAAUGACCUAUGCGUUAUUGUAGCCGAGUGUCGCGGAAUGGCCUUGCAAGUUCCGCGUGAGAUGUCGGGCCACGACAGUGCUUCACCGGCGGGUAGGUCGUCCCGUCGGCGCUCUUUCAGUCGGCGACCUUCUACGAACGCCGACAGGAGCUCAAAUUCGAUUGAGCAUGGAGACGAUCCUUGUUCGGCCAUGGUUGGCGCUAUCUUCAAAGCUGCUGAGGAAGCGAUUUGCCUUGUUAGCAAAGAGCUCAAGCUUUCCCACGAAGAGGAAUCAGCGGUCAAGACGAAAUUCCAUUCCAUAAUCGAGGAGCUCGGAGCCAGAGGUGGACCGAUAGAAGGCGUAUGCAGAUCAUUGAUUGAAAAAGGCUUAUGCCCGCCAAAGCGUUUGAAAACCGAAUCGGUCGAAGAUUUCUACAUUCGCACCCUUCAGCAAACUGUCAACGACUGGGAUGUGGACAGCGUUCAGAAUCUCCUCGCCGAGAAAACGCAAUUCGAGCCCUUGCCGGCGAUGGAUGAGUCUCUAGAUACCACUUCCCCCAGUCGCGAGGAAGACAGGCUUGAAAAACAGUUCCGAAAGACCCAAGAUCUAUCAGCUGCCGAGACUUCGUACGAGGAAGAGAAUCUGAAGUCAUGGUUGAGUCUCACGAGAUCCCGGGUUGAUAAUCCCCCAGCUCGCGGUGUGACUGCUAGAGCUCUGAUGAGCCACUUCAAUUUGUGCGGAGCUCCAUUGAAUAAAGCUGCUUGCUGA